AUGGUUUGGAUCGAUUCGUUAGAACUCCUGUCCCCGUUGGCCACCAGCGAGGAAGUUUUGGAGAUCAUUGACAUGCGCUACACGUCGUUCAUUGCAAUUCUCACUCCCAAAUCCAUUAUAAUUGUUCACGAAUCAACACUUCUCCCACUCGCGAUCCACACCCGAACUCAAGAAUCUAUUGAACAACAUGGCUCCAACAAGCGGGUCAAGACCAAGAACCUCAAUCUAGGGGUUAAGAUGUCGCGGUUGAACAUCUUCAACUUGUUUCUCGUCACCAGCCAAGACUAUCUCCUUAUAUAUCAGGUUCAUAUUGAUCCCACUAAAUCGGUCUUCGAAGUAUCUGAUAAUGAUAACAUCACUCUCCAGAAACUUUUGCCUGUCAACUCCAAUUCGGAGCGGUUCAGCUUUACGAAGAUGUUGAACCUGGUGACCCGUUCGUUGGGUUCUAACCAUAUCAAUCUUCAAAAUCUUGAAAGUUUCAACAUUCCGGUGGACGAGCUUGCCAAUUUUAGUAUUGAGUACGUGAGACUCUCCGUGUUCAAGACUAUUAAAAUAGGAAUUGGAAUCUCGAAGUUCUGGUUGAAGUCCAACAGCCACAAUCUCUUUGUAUAUAGAGACAAUUUGAUUCAGGUCAUCAACAUCAAGACUUUGAACAACGAGAUUUGCAACUUCAUUGAGUUCAGCUGGUUUGACUCCCAAACUAAGGAUAUUUGGUAUAAUUACAGCUUCAAUUACUUUAUCAUUGCUGACAUUCUGAAUGAGCUAUGGUUCAUGAAUGUUGGUGAGAAUGAAUUGAACCCAGAAGGACACAAGUUGGGUUUAAACUUGGAGAUUAACGACUUGAAGUUUAACCCUGUCUACGAGGUGGUUCUUAUCAAAUAUAGAACCCGUGAUGGUGAUACACGCUUGGGUUUGUUUAGACUUGAUGGGUGCUUGAGGAAAGCCACCGAUAUCCAGAUCUCCGAUUGGACAGACUUCCGUUUCCAAUGGUCAAACGACGGAGAGUUCUUUAUUGUUUUGGAUAACAAGGGACGUUGGUUCAUUUCUUCCAAGUUUGGGAAUAUCACCACUGACACUGAGAUUCUUUCAAAUGAAAUCAACGAAAACUAUCUUUCUGCUACUCAGCUUUUGAUCUCUUCAAACGAUAACUCGGUGUUGUUAAUCAAAGAUGACCAAAUCCAUAAAGUCAAUUUGGUCAGACUCCUUAGUCAACAAGACUUGAUAAUCACGUCCCCUCAUUAUUUUUCGCUAGUCGAGUCCAAUAAGUUGAGGAACAAGCUACUCAAGUAUCCGUUAUUAUCACACUUCAAAUAUUCUGGUCUUGCCAGCUCAAGCAAGGCUAAAUUAAAGGUGUCGAAAAACUAUGUGAACCAGUUUAUAAUCUCUUGUGGAGACAAGUUAUCGGUUUCAAAUAGAUACAAGAAUGCUGAAGGUGACUAUAAUCAUCUUAUUUGGUUCAAUUUCAAAAAUUACUUUGUGGAAACCCUCAACAUCACCAACCACGUCAGUUUCAAGCAGUUUUUGAUCUUAAUCAACAGAGCUACUAAGGAUUAUGGAGGCAAAGACAAGUUGGUAGAUGAGUUGGUCAUAAUCAACUUGAAGGAUUCAGGUUUUGCUCAAGGUGGGCUGCCAUUUCCAUUUGAUUCAGACUUGUUCAUCUGGAGGCACGCUUUGGAGACGAUUUUGACAUUUGAGUUGGUAGACAACAAGUUGAUUAUUUUGGACUCUCAGUACAAGUUAUUUAUCUUUGAGUUGUUUGAUGGGUAUACCAAUGCAAGUGGUAACUAUUAUGACUUUUACAUGAAACAGAGCAAGACGAUCGAUUUUACGAAUAUGAAAGAUAAACUUGCCUUGAGCAAGAUCACCAAGAUCCAGAUGAUAGACAACUUAAACUUCUUGAUUCUCCUCAACAAUGGAGAGUUUUAUAUUCUCAAAAACCAGUCUAAUAAGAUCCUUCUCACCAGUUACUUUCAACUUAUUCAGGUACAAAGCUGUAUUGAAGAGUUUCGUAUCAAUGACAUCACCAUCAAUGAAGAGAUGAUCAAGUAUAUAUACUUGUUCAAAGGCAACCAACUCCUCAUAUACAACUUGACUCAUCUUAUAGACUUGAUUUUUGAACCGGUCGACUUGAAUCCACACGAUGGUUUGGAUGAAGAAGAAGUCACCAGUCAAAUGAAGUUGAUCAAGCCAAUAACCAUUGAACUUGAAAACUUUCAACCUUUGAAGAUCCACAAAACCUUGGACUCCAUCAACUUGAUUGGGCUCCAGGACUUGAUCCUUAAUGAUAGCUUCAUCAGGGUUAAGCUCAAUACCAAGUUGAUUCUCAAUAACUUGGUGGAAUUCGAUCUUCUCAACGCUACAGAAGUCAGGAUGAUCCACACAAAGUUUUCCAGCUUCAGCCAGUAUACCUACUGUCUCGAGCUUCUUCUUUUCGACUAUCUCACUAAAGAAAACCCCCUUAUUCACUCCUUGCUCGAUCUCAUUAAGCUCGCCGAUAACUACGAGCUGAUAUUCAUCAACUGUCUCCGGAAAAUAGAGUUCAAGUACUGGUCCAACUUUUUCAGAAUCCUCAAGACUGACCCGUUCAACUUGAUGAACAAGUUAUUGGACUCCAAUAAUGUCCAGCUUGGCUACAAUUUCUUGAUUAUAUACUUGAACCUAAAGCUGGAGGAAGAAACCGAAAACUCAUCGGGUUAUCUCGACAGCAACGACGAAAAAAUCAUAUUGAGCUUGAUUGAGAGGCUAGUUAACAUGUGUUACUGGGAUUGGUGCUUCGAAUUGUGUCGGUUCAUAAAGUUGUUGGAUCCAUCCAGCAGACUCUUGAUUCGCAUUAGAGAUACGGUUGGCAACAAGUCGUCGCACGCAGCACAACUUGAAAGUUCGCGCAAAUUUUAA